GGGCCUGCAGAAAGUAAACAAAUAAAGGGGGCGUGCCAAAGAUGGGAAAGAGUGUGGCCCACCAAAAACUGGCUCAUCGUUGCAAAGUACAGGAGCUGCUCCCAAGUUGUUGAGAGCUGAUUGAGGAGAACAAGCAAUAUCCGGGUUUCCUGCAUCCAAACGUACAGCUAUACAGUGUUGCGAAAAUCUGUUUGCCAAGUCACAGGAUUUUAAAAUGGCCUACUUACUCAUUGCUGUCACCAUGCUUCAUCUCAUUACACUAGCUAUGCUGUUUAUUGCGACCAUGGAAAAGUCUUGGUGGAUGUGGGAUUCCACAGAAACCUCAGACCUGUGGUACAACUGUAGGUUUGAAAACUCCACAGGAACCUGGCUGUGUGCAACCACCAAAGAAACAGAGUGGCUUCAGGCUGUACAGGUCCUCAUUGUUAUCUCAGUGGUCUUCUCCUCAGUCUCCUUCUUGGUGUUCUUGGGCCAGCUAUUCACUAUGUCAAAGGGCGGACUCUUCUACUUCACAGGACUGUGUCAAGUCUUUGCAGGUCUGACAGCUUUUUCUGCCGCACUAAUCUACACUCUGCACAAUAAGGAGAUCCUCCCAGACUCAGAAAGCCCGACUUCAGGGAACUUUGGCUACUGCUUAAUCCUGGCCUGGGUGUGCGUCCCUUUGUUGUUGUGUAGCGGGGUUAUGUACAUCCACCUGCGUAAGAAAGAAUGAUCAGACAAACAAACAUCUAUGUCAGCAGCUUCACGGUUAAUAAAACUGAAUUCAGAAUUUUGGAAAUGCAACUUUUGAAGAAGCAAAAUGUAUAACAUUAAGCACUCAGUCUUUAGCUAAUGUAACAAUUGUAUCUGUAUAUAUCGAGGCAAAAAUAUAUAUUUGACUUAACCAAACAAGCUACCAUAACAGUGAGUUCUAGAUUAGUAUAACUCAUUUGCUUUAUUACAACAUUACGAUAUGUUUUGUGUACCCUUUUCCCAACAAACCUUGUAUGUAGAAGGUUUUUGUAACAUCUUCUAAUAAAUAUCAGAAAACAGA